UUGACCAUUCUCUUUUGUCUCAGCUGUUGGCAUGGUUUGGAGCGUUUUCUAAUUUGAUUUGCGGAAAAUAUCUCGCGCCGUUAAGUAAACCAUUCAGCUUCGUUGUCUGUUUGUGAUAUAACCAAAAAAACAAGAUGUUGCGGAAGCUCCAUCCUCUCAUUGGCCAAGUUUUGAAGCAAACAAAUGUGCAAGUGUCGAGAAAAGUGGCGACAACUUCGUGUGUCCUCGCCACAGAUGUGUACGAGCCGGAUUAUUUGGACUCCCUCAAACCACAAUAUCCCCAGUAUCCUAAUCUGAAUGUCCAAAUCAAGGGCUACGAUUAUCCAAUUUUGGAAAACUAUCAACGUUACCUGCAUAAUGUUGCCGAAUAUUUGGACAUUGAUGUAGCCGAUUGUUAUGCGCUUCCUCCACAAAAUAUGACCGUACAAAGAUUAAAACCCAACUCAAUGGUCACCGAUUCAGAAUAUCGCCUUAAAAUCUAUGAACGUAACAUUCAAUUGCAAGAUGUUGAUGUCCCGGCGUAUCCAGCAUUUCUACGUCUUGCACAGGCGGCAUUACCUGAAGGUGUUGAAUUAACAGUUCAGGAACACACCGAUGAAUGCGAAGAAAGACGCUAUGUACCCGACAAAGAUUUAUUAGAACUUAAAGCUGAGCUGGAGAGAAUGCAAAGUGGUGGUAGCGGCGGAAAGAAAAAGUAAUAGUCUGUGCAUAUAAAUAAUUGUUUGUUUUUAUUUCGAUAUAAGAAAAUAAAUUGCAAAGAAAAAAAAAACAUUUAUAAAAAAUAUA